AAACAAAACAAAACUGAAAAAAGAAGAAGAAAGAAAUGGGAAAAACGACGUAGUGUUGUUGAAAUCGCAACCCACAGGCACAGAAGUACCUGUGCUCCCAGCUCUGGAAUGGUGGAUGUGGCCAAAACGUCCUAUUGUCAAAACUCUUGAGUUGUCGGAGAAGAUUCAAUUCUCCGACCUAAUCAUAGGCGCAGGCAGAGAGAGAGAGAGAGAGAGAGGUUUUGUUUUGUGUUUAUUCAAGUAAGGUUGAUAGAUUAAAAAAAAAAUGCACUCAUUAGGGUUCAGAGUGAACGCUCUGCUCACGUUGGGGGUAACAGUACUGGCCCUAAUGUGCGUCAUGGCCUCUCUCUCUGAUAACCUCAGUGUCCCCUCUCCCUCUGCUAAUGUCCAGGUGCUAAACUUUAACUGGUUUCAGAAGCAAUCCGAGGGAAACGAAGAGGUCAGCUUGACAUUUAAAAUUUCAGCUGACUUGCAAUCAAUGUUCACUUGGAACACGAAACAGGUAUUUGUCUUCCUAGCAGCUGAGUAUGAAACCCCAAAAAAUUCUCUGAAUCAGGUUUCCCUUUGGGAUGGCAUUAUACCAUCUAAAGAACAUGCAAAAUUUUCGAUUCAUACCACGAACAAGUACCGCUUUGUUGAUCAGGGAAGCAAUCUCAGGGGUAAAGAGUUUAACUUGACCAUGCACUGGCAUGUCAUGCCCAAAACUGGCAAGAUGUUUGCUGACAAAAUAGUUAUGACAGGAUACCGAAUGCCAAAGGAAUAUAGAUAAGGAUGUCAUUCUCAAUAGUUUUUAUGUAACUUUAAUAUCAUCAAGGAUGCUUGUGGUUGGCUUAACUGAAGAUGAUGAAGGACGAAGAGUUGUGAUU